AUGAAGCCUCUUUCCAUCGCCGGCAGUUCCUCAGCAUCCCCGACCUCGUACUGCAACGGCAAAUCCAACAAGAUAUGCUACACCUGGGCCGUCCCAUCUUCAACAGCCUCGUCUAGUUCUGGCAACUUGUUCAUCCGUAUCCAAGCUCCCGUGGAAUACCAAUGGGUCGGCCUCGGCACCGGCGAUAAGAUGAGCGGUUCCACCAUGUUCGUCAUCUACCAAGACGGCACUGGUAAAGUCACAUUAAGCACGAGGAUGGGCCAUGGCCAUGAGAUGCCAGAGCACAGCCGCAUGCGCUCGGUGAGGCUUGUUGAGGGUAGUGGUGUCGUGAAUAAGACGAUGGUAGCCAAUAUCCAUUGUGGCGAUCUCGGAAAUAUGCACUUUGAAGGGUCAAAUCACUGGAUCAGUGCUUGGAAGACUGGAAGUUCUUUGCACACGACUGACAUUGGUGCUGACAUAAACGAACAUGAUGGACACAACAGCUUCUCAGUUGACUUCUCUGAAGCUGUUAUAAAUUCUAACAGCAACCCUUUCCUUCACAUGACAAUUGCUACACCGAAUGGUGCAGCGUCUGGCGGCGGGGCAGACGGCAAUACCAGCACCAUUCACGGUAUCAUCAUAUCGGUGGUCUUCCUAUUGGGCUACCCGCUGGGAUCGCUGUUGAUGCCUAUAAUCGGAAAGUGGUUCAUCGACGCUACGUGGCAGAUGAUCGUCUUUAUCGGCAUGUGGGCUGGGUUUGUUACCGGCAAGUUGGCUGCUGGCGCAUCCAUGAAGCUUAUUAUUGGCUAUGGCGUGGUUGGUCUCGUAACAUUCUUGAUGUACACCGCUGGGGCUGUUCACAAGAUGCUGAGAGGAGCGAAGAAGCAUCAACAUGAGCCUCUAAAGUACAAUGGCUCUUAUAGUGCGGUGGUCUUGAUUUGA